AGUCGUUGUUCCGCUGCUGCUUCUUCUUCCUCGGAAGAGUGGGAAGACUCUUCCUUUAUAGCAAGUAGCUUUAGUAUUCCUUCCUUUUUAUUAUUCUCAUUUUUUAUUUUUUUCAUUUUGUUUCCUAUUUUCCUCACAAUUUGAUUCCACUCACUUUCCAAUCCUUCUAAUCAUAUAUCCAGCUGACUCUCUGAUAUUCCUUCAACUCAUGAUGGGUUUUUGAUAUUCGUCAAAAUCGUCGCCUUCGUCCUUAUUAUCCAGGUAUGUAGGUCAAGAUUUUACAUUCUCUCAUCUUCGAUCUUCUUUUUUCUUUUCUUUGUUUCAUUUAUUUAUGAUAUGUAUUUCCGGGUUGGUGGGAGGGUGCGGAUGGUUAGAUUGAUGCUUAGAUUUUGAAUCUGAUCAAGCAUCUUAUUUCUACCAGAGUUAAAUCAUGCCCUGAAUUUUUGUAAUUUUAUCGGGUUUAUCUGGGUUUUCUUUGUUGCCCCAAAAAUUUUGAAAAUUUUAUUUUAUUUUUUCUCUUUUUUAUUUUUUAUUUUUUAUUUUUAUUUUUUAUUUUUUUUGGGAAGGAUGGUUAAAAUUGCAAAGUUGUUUGCAAUACCCAAUAUUCUAAUUUCGUAUAGAAUCUUCUACCAAUAUAUUAAUCUUUUGCAAUAGACGGUUGUGAUCGUGAUUUCACAUGACGAAUCAUAAGUUUUCCAACUUAUUGAUCUGGGAAUUGUUGCCCAAUUUUUCAAUGAAGAUAUGACAGAUUGGUAUUGGACGCUGAUCAAUUCUGAUUAUUCACGUCUAUUGCGAUAAGUGCAUAAGGUAGACAUGCCUUGAUUGUUGGGGGUGUUGAUUCUUUUAGAGCUGGGUGUUUAACUUUCUUGUUUUUGACUGGAUUCUCGAAUAGCACUGUCGCCUGGGUUUUUCAUUUGGUGGUUGUUUCAUUGGGGUAUGGAGCAUCUCCCUGUUGAAGUCAUUGGUAACAUACUGUCCCGGUUGAGAGCUGCCCGAGAUGUGGUAAUAGCAUCUGCUACUUGCAAGAAAUGGAGAGAGGCUUGGCGGAAUCACCUGCACACCCUUUCCUUCAAUUCCAAUGACUGGCCUGUCUAUCACGAUCUUAGUGCUCGUAAAUUGGAAAUUCUUAUAACUCAAACGAUAUUCCAAACCACCGGACUCCAGUGUUUAUCAAUUUUUAUGGACGAUGUCGAUGAGUUUUCAGCUGCCCCAGUGAUUGCUUGGCUUAUGUAUACUAGGGAGACCUUGCGCCAAUUACAUUACAAUGUGAAGACAACCCCAAAUGUUAAUAUUAUUGAGAAAUGCGGUCGACAUAAGCUGGAAGUGUUGGCACUCGCUAAUAAUUCCAUAACAGGUGUUGAACCCAGUUAUCAGAGAUUCCCUUGUUUGAAGUCACUUUCACUGAGUCAUGUUAGUAUCUCCGCAUUAGAGUUGAGCCUUUUGCUCACUGCAUGUUCAAAACUCGAGACUUUGGCUCUUAUAAAUCCUGAUAUUGCCAUGUCAGAUGCACAGGCAACUAUGGAACUGAACAGUCUUUCAUUGAAAGAUAUCUAUAUUGAAGCAAUUAGUAUGGACAAGUUUAUAUUGGAGGCGGAUAGUCUUGAGAAUCUGCAUUUAAAAGAUUGUACUCUUGAGUUCUUUGAGCUUGUUAGUAAGGGGGCUUUGAGGGUUCUGAAGAUUGAUGAUGUUAGUGUGAUCCAUCUUGAUAUUGGUGAGAACACUGAGAAUCUUGAGGUUGUGGAUGUUAGUAGCUUCACAAUUAUGUGGCCAAAGUUCUACCAUAUGAUCUCAAAAGCAUCAAGGUUAAGGAGGCUUCGUCUCUGGGGUGUUGUAUUUGAUGAUGAGGAUGAGGUUGUGGAUUUGGAAACUAUUUCCGUUUGCUUCCCUCGAUUAAGCCAACUAUCCUUAAGUUAUGAUUUAAGAGAUGGAGUCCUUCAUUGUGGCUUACAGGGGUCUUCUCAUUUGGAGAAUGUAGUUCUGUUAGAAGUUGGGUGGACUAUCAUUAAUGAUCUCUUCUCAGAAUGGGUAGCCGGCCUUCUAGAAAGAUGCCCAAAUUUGAAGAAAUUGGUCAUUUAUGGAGUUGUUUCAGAGGCCAAAUCCCAUGAAGAGUGCCAAAUUCUGGCGAGCUUCACUUCAUCCAUUGUUCGGUUAAUGAGAAAAUAUAUUCAUGUAGAGGUUGAAUUUGAGUAUGAAUAGAGGUCCUGCUAUGCUUUGAUGGUUGUCCAAUUUUUGAUCGAGUGUGUGGCUCAUACAAAAAGAUAGAUGGUGCUUCACGAGGAUCCUUUUCAUCCUUGGUCUUUAUUUUCCAUUUAUUGGCGACUUUGAGCAAUUGUAAAUUUACAGAUUCAUUUUUGAAAAGGUUAGUACCUUGGAUAGCUACCUUGCUGAAUGCGGUUGUGGUUUUUGCAUCAAUAACGACUAGAUUGCUAAAGCAGGUAGAAACUAAUGGGUCCAACCUGAAACUCCGGCACCAAUCCGAAGAAGCUGAAACUGUCAAACAUGGUAGCCUUAAAGUUUCCAGCUGAGGAUGUUCCAUUAAAACUUAAAAGGAAUCCUCAACUUACAAUUGAUCUUUUUGAGGUGUUCUUGUGGCCUUGGCAGAAAGGAGUGCAAGUGUUCAGAGACACAUUGCCAAACCUUUUGGUAGCUAGCUGUGGCUUGAAUCCUGUAGUAGUACAAACCAAAGCCUCUUGUUGGGUCUUCUAAAGGAGAUAUUGAGGGUCAGGUUGUAAUAGAAGCAUGGUGUUGGUGAUGGUUGUUGUGAGAUUGUAUUGCAUGAGGAAGGCAUACGAACGGUGAAUUUGAUGUUUUGAGGGAGGAAGAUGAGAGGCAGACACAAAGAAAAUGUGGGUGGAUGAAUACAAAAAGCAGAACCAGAACUUGAAGCGGCAAAACCAGCUGCUUUUUCCCAACAUUGAUAAUGGUUAAGAAUGUCAGAGGAAGUAAGGUACUGGAGGUAGUUUUAUAUAUAGAAAUUUGGCAAAGGAAUUAUAUAUUAUAUGAGAAAAAUAUGUAGCAUUAGCCGUGUUUGUGA